CAGUUAUUGAAGUUGAGGUUAGGUAUAUACUUAGUCAAUUUAGAAGCACCAACGGAGCUGGAAAAGUUUUCGGUAGAAGACUUUGAACGGAAAGCCGUUGCCCUGCCAUAUAGGGAGAACUAGUUUUAGUUCCGUUGUUGCAUUUUCCAUAGUAUGGAAAAUACAACAUUCAACAACAACAAUCAAAAAAUUCGCCGUUUAAUCUUUGAUGCAGAGCAACCUGUGCCAGAAGAACAGCAAAUUUCGCUUCCGGCAGAGCGCCGACUAAUGGCUGCGAUUUCGAGUCUUGAAAAGAAAGUUGAUGCUUCGAUUUCUAGUCUUGAAAAGAAAGUUGAUGCUUCGAUUUCUGGUCUGGAGAAGAAAGUUGAUGUUCUGUCUGAAACAUUGGCGGAGGUGGUGGCUCUGCUCAAGCUUCAGAUCAAAAAAGAGCCUGACGUAGACAAUUUCGUAAAAUUUCCGAUACAGUCGACGAUGGAGUUGGAGCAUUUAAACUCUAUUAUAACUCCAGAGCUGACCGAUUUUUAUAUCAACAAAUUACGGAACUUAAUGGGGACGAGCACAUCGAUGGCAUGCAGCUUAAAAAAUGUGCUGGACGCGAAGCUCAUUUUCGAAUACAACAUAGACGGUACUUCGGGGAAGAGCUCGCUAUAAAAUUGUAAAGAAUUUUACAAUGUCCAGGAAUCGGCGGUGAAGAUGAAAAUACCCGACGAGCCAGCAGACAAAGUGAUUCGGAAGGCUAUUCACAACAUUAAGAAUAGUCAUUUUCAGAAGACCUCAAGG